GAUUAGUCCUGAGCCCCAGCACUCGCCUUCCUCUCGCCUGCAGCCUGCGAUUGCGGACAUGGGCCUGCUCACCUUCCUCUCCUCGCUCAAAGAGCGAGCAGAGAACUUCCUCAACGAGAAGAACGUGGUCACAGACUUCCUGGGGAAGUUGGAAGAGAAGACCGGCAUCAAGAAGAAGAUCCUGGCCGCGGGUGCUGUGUCAGCGACGGGACUCUACCUGGUCUACGGCUACGGCGCCUCGCUGGUCUGCAACCUGAUUGGUUUUGUGUACCCGGCGUACUUCUCAGUCAAAGCCAUCGAGAGUCCCAGCAAAGAAGACGACACAAAAUGGUUGACCUACUGGGUGGUGUACGGCGUCUUCAGCCUGGGAGAGUUCUUCUCCGACAUCUUCCUCUACUGGUUCCCUUUCUACUACGCCUUCAAGUGUCUCUUCCUGUUGUGGUGCAUGGCUCCCAUGUCCUGGAACGGAUCGCGGGUCAUCUACGACCGCCUGGUCCGGCCCAUCUUCCUGCGCCACGAGGCCACCGUGGACAACAUGGUCAGCGAUCUGAGCGGCAAGGCCAUGAAUGCCGUGGAAAACCUCACCAGGGAAGUUCUGUCCACGCUGAUGAAGAAUAAAGCUCUGGUGACCCCGGCCGCUCCGCCCGAAACCAAAAGUUUGCCGAGUCCGUCCGGGGAAUGUUCUACCAGAGGAAUAAAUGCAUUGCAGUCCAGCGAGGCGCGACAGGUACGUGAGUCCAGCACAGGUGAAAGAAGGUGUCACCAAUUAACAUGCACACCUGCUCCCCGACCUCAGCCUUUCCUGGGCUAAGCAGCAAGCUUGUGAAGAAGCCGUGCUCUUGGAGGAUGGAGGAGGACUUUGUGCAAACAAGUGAAGUAUAAAUAUGCACACAUGCAAGUGUUUUGCUGUCUGCAGUGAUGCUCCCUGCAAUUGGAAAUAGGCCUGCAUUUGUUUCAUCCACCUUUUUGAAAUGGUGUUUUUCUUAUUCUUCUUGUUUGAGUAAAGGAGGAAAUGAUGGUUCCAUAAUAAAGUGUCA